CUCAUCUGUCGAUAGCUCAGAGCCUCAGCGACACACUCUUUUGGUUUUUAUUCUUUCCCUCCAAGUUGCAUAGCUCGGGGUCCAUAUCAUCCAUCAUAUGGGAUAUAAAUAUAGCACCUCCCGACGCGCAAAUCUCACCCCGACAAGACAUCCUUCACCGAGUGCCCGUGAUCUCGCCAAGUGUCUCAGAGCAGACGAUUCCCUUCGUUCAAGUAGAUAAAUAAGUAAAUGUUUACAGUGGUGAUUGCACCCCAUCCACGAUAAACAAGUCAGUUAUGCAGAACCACGAUAGACUCAUAGUGGAUGAUAGUGAAACCCCCACUUGGAGCCGACUGGCGAAAAAGAUCCGGAUUGAUCCCUCCAAUCUCGUUCCCGGACUCCCAAAAAUCAGUCUCCUCGUCAGUGAUGGCACUUUUGCUCAACCUUCUGGAACCUCCAUUCAUACUGAGUACAACGAGAACAUUAAAUCGCAUCACUGGGAAAGGGUUCAAGCCGACUCUAAUGUGCAAAGAAUGUGGCUGAAAACACUGGGACAAGGACUCGCCGCACAUUUUUCUAUUGGUCGAGAAAGAGAUAAAUUCACCUUGUCGGAUUUUCCCGCGGGCUAUCAGCUUUUCUAUCAUGUGAAGGAUUCAAGACGGACUUCUUAUCUCUUUGGUUAUCCUAACAAAAAGAAUUUGAAGCUCAAGUUUAGAACGGCGGCCGAAUUUUUACCUCAUCUGACAUGGCUUGCAUCACAAGGAGGAAAGGACAACAACUGCACAUGCAAAUACUGUCAAAGUGGCGCUUUCGGUGUCGAAGGGCUUCAGGCGACGACUCCUUCUACGGGUUCCCACUCGGUUGAAAGGGACAAUAGGGAACAUGCAAGUCAAGACGAAAUUGAAGAAAUCAAGCCAACCUCUCAUAAAUUAGGCCGCCACGAAACAAAUUCGAAUUACAGACCGCUGGAGUUAGUCUGGUGCGAGUUAGAUUUCAAAGAUUCGAAACUCCGUUUGGAUUCCAAGUAUUGGCCCGGAAUAUGCCAACAAACUGAAGUCAACAUAGAGGCGUGUGAAGUAGUUGAUCUCGCCACAGGAGAAAACCAACUUGCUCCGCAAAUGAUAGCGCAGAGGGAUCGGGAUGAGGACUCGACUACUUGGAAAUUGAAGAAAGAAGUUCACCAGAAACAAUAUUGGUCGGUUCAGUUACUCGGCCUAUCAGACUCAGUCAUGCGAACGGAAUCUCAAUUGUUACCUUGGCUGUAUCGCCCUAUCGAAGAAUCUGUUUGGAGCGUCAUAUCAACUGGGAAGUUACCAAUCCCAGAGUAUGUUCUAGACCCCAGUAAGCCGAUGCCAAGUCUCGCCAGUCUCUCGAAUCCAGUAAUCGGUAGAUUACAUUUUCAACUUGCGAUUCAGAUUGGAGCGGAGAUCGAAGGAGUAUGGGCUCCAGCUCAGUACUCGAAGGCACCGCGCACCAUUCUCGAGAUACCUGAUGAAAAGCAAAGUUUAUCAUCAGACAACUUCGCAAGGAGCGAUUGUACGCAAUGCAAAGCUGUGUGGCUCGGGGCCGAAAAAAUUUGUACUCAAGAUCUUGUUCGACUCAAACUGCUAGAAAACCCGCACCAUACAUCCCCUGAUGUUGUUAAUCUUGAUACUAUUACUAGCAAGCAAGUCCUAUUUCUGCAUAUCAACUUCUUUAGGAAGAACCAGCAUUCCAAAUCAGCGAUCGCGGGAGGCCGGAUCUUCGAAUUGGUUCCACAAAAAGCUUCGGAAGAAUCAAUUGCCGCCAGUGCACUCCGGCCAUCGAAGAAUGCUUGGUUAAGGCAGUGUGCUGACGAGGUACCCAAAGGCGCUAUCUUGACGUCCCCGGGCGAAUUGCCACCGGCUCCGAAGGGAUUCAAGUUCUCACAGAUUACGCCGGAGCAUUCAAUCCAUCAUCUCGAGAUCGGUUGUAUCGCUGGAAGAUAUUAUUCUCCGAGGGUUGAUCACGACCGACUCGGGCGAUUGAGACAUCAUUUCGCGACGAAAACUGAACCAGGUAAUCCAACACCCAACUCGGAUGACCCAAAAUUAAAGGGCCUUGCAAGCUUGCUAGGAGUCAGAAGUGGUCAAGAAAACUUCAUGCGAUUCACCAAGGCCAGAGCCUCAAGAGACGAAAUACUACUCGAGGCUGCCAGAAAAUCGAAGAAAAUGAUGUCAACUCACUUCCGACGCGUAAAAUCCCCAAAGAAACAAAAAGUGGUGAAAAAUCGAAUUUAACUGGAGUGGUCUCAUAUAUUUUUACCUUGAGAAUCAGUAGGGAGAAUGGCGAAGAAACGAGGACCUGUUGUUAGAAACAUUUGCAUUUGAUUUUUUAAUUCAAGUGAUGAUAAAUGCAUGAACAUCAGCUAUUCAAUUUUUUGUUUUCUCAAGUCCAAAGCUCACGGUGUAAUGUAAUCAAUCAGCCGCAUGUAUGGAGGUA